GGAAAUCAAUUUGAUAUCAUUGGUGGUCCAAAACAUGGAAACAAUAACUGUUUUUGGUCCAAAACAUGGAUCUCCGCUCUCUCUUCCUUCUCGAACUAACAUGUGUUGGGAAAUGAAACCCUCUCGCUUUCCACUUACGUCAGUUCGCGGUAAGCCAGCAAAACAGGUUGGUUUGAAGGUAAGUGCUUCUUGUGAUCGUCCAAUCUCAAAGUUGCCACCUUCUAAAUGGACUAAUUACUUCCACUCUGUUUUGGUCGAUGUCUCGGAAAUGGAUGUUCUUGAAAGAGAAAUAGAGGCACUAAAGCCGAACGUGAGAGAGAUGCUCAUGUCUUCUAAAGGCUAUGACUCGGUGAAGAAGAGAAGCCUUAUGAUCUAUUUGCUAGUGAGCCUUGGUCUCGCGUAUCACUUUGAAGAGGAGAUCGAGAAGAGUCUAAAAGAUGGUUUCGAGAAGAUAGAUGAGAUUAUUGCCGGUGAAGAUGAUUUGUACACAAUUUCCACCAUCUUUUGGGUUUUCAGAACAUAUGGUUACAACAUGUCUUCCGAUGUAUUCAGGAGAUUUAAAGAGGAAAAUGGGAAGUUUAAGGAAAGUCUUAUCGAGGAUGCGAGGGGUAUGUUGAGCUUGUAUGAGGCCGCUCACUUAGGGACGACGACAGAUUAUAUAUUGGAUGAAGCGUUGGACUUUGCAUCAAACAACUUGGUGUCCUUAGCUGAAGACGGGAUGUGCCCGUCUCAUCUCUCAACGCAUAUACGAAAUGCUCUUAGUAUAUCUCAGCAUUGGAACAUGGAGAUAAUAGUUGCAGUGCAAUAUAUCCGGUUCUAUGAACAAGAAGUUGGUCAUGACGAGAUGCUACUAAAGUUUGCCAAGCUCAACUUCAAUUUAGUCCAGCGUCUUUACCUUCAAGAAGUCAAAAUCCUUACAAAGUGGUAUAAGGAUCAGGACAUACACUCUAAAUUGCCGCCUUACUACAGACCGGUGGUCACCGAAAUGCACUUCUUUUCAACAGCAACGUUCUUCGAGCCACAGUUCUCACAUGCGAGGAUUUUGCAGACUAAGUUGUUUAUGGCUGAAUUGCUGGUUGAUGACACAUGUGACAGAUAUGCUACUUUUUCUGAGGUCGAAAGCCUCAUCAAUAGUUUGCAAAGGUGGGCUCCGGAUGAUGCCAUGGAUACACACCCUGACUAUUUGAAAGUCGUGUUUAAAUUUAUAUUGAAUGCCUUUGAGGAAUGUGAGAAAGAGUUGAGACCACAAGGAAGAUCUUACAGUCUAGAGCAAACAAAAGAAGAGUACAAGAGAUUCGCUAAAUCCAAUCUUGACUUGGCCAAAUUGGCACAAGCGGGUAACGUGCCGAGCUUUGAGGAGUACAUGGAGGUUGGUAAAGAUGAGAUUGGGGCGUUUGUGAUUGUAGCAGGCUCUUUGAUGGGUAUGGAUAAUAUCGAUGCAGUGGAAGCUUAUGACUUUUUGAAAUCCAGAUCUAAAUUCAGUCAAUCUUCAGCUGAAAUUGUGCGUUAUUUGAAUGACCUGGCUGGUUUCGAGGAUGACAUGAGAAGAGGAUGUGUCUCUACUGGAUUGAAUUGUUAUAUGAAUCAAUAUGGGGUUACUGAAACUGAAGUCUUUCGUGAAUUCCGAAAAAUGGUUAUGAACACCUGUAAGAUAAUGAACGAAGAAUUCUUGAAGACAACUGAUGUGCCACUUCGAGUUCUGAAAACAAACUUUUCAUGUGUACGCUCGGGCUUCGUUGGCUAUAAUGAAGGGGAAGGAGUGACCUAUCCGGAAGGUAAAAUCACAAAAUACCUCACCUCGUUAUAUGUCGAUCAGAUAUAAUUU